AUGUCGUGUGGUGUGGUGUGGCGUGGCGUCACAUGUGUGGUGUGGUGUGGCGAUGGGAACCCCAAGGAGAGCAGUCCCUUCAUCAACAGCAGCAGUGCCAGUGAUGUGGAGAAGAGCCAGCAGUACGAUGGCAAGAACAUGGCCCUGUUUGAGGAGGAGAUGGACAACAGUCCUAUGGUGUCGUCCAUACUUAGUAGUCUGGCCAACUAUUCCAACCUGCCUCAGGGCAGCAAAGAGCACGAGGAGGCCGAGAACGAGGAGGGGGCGGCACCAUCCAAAAAAAAACCUGCUGUCAAGGCACCAUCGCUGGGCACUCUGAUGGGGGUGUAUCUACCCUGCAUCCAGAAUAUCUUUGGUGUGAUCCUGUUCCUGCGGAUGACCUGGAUGGUGGGCAUCGGAGGGGUCUUUGGCUCCUUCAUCAUAGUCUUCAUGUGCUGCUCCACGACCAUGCUGACAGCGAUCUCCAUGAGUGCCAUCGCAACGAAUGGAGUGGUGCCAGCCGGAGGCUCCUACUACAUGAUCUCCCGUUCCCUGGGGCCUGAGUUUGGCGGAGCUGUCGGAAUCUGCUUCUAUUUGGGGACUACUUUUGCGGGUGCCAUGUACAUCCUUGGUGCCAUCGAACUUCUGCUGAUUUACAUCCUUCCCCAGGCGGCCAUUUUUAAGAUGGAGGGUCUGGAAGGGGCUGAUAUGGAGGCAGCGAUGCUGAACAACAUGCGCGUGUACGGCACCAUUGUGCUCAGUUUCAUGGCCACGGUGGUGUUUGUGGGGGUCAAAUAUGUCAACAAGCUGGCUCUGGUCUUCUUGGCGUGCGUUAUUCUGUCCAUCCUGGCUGUUUACGCUGGGGUCAUCAAGACGGCCUUUGAACCCCCUGUUUUCCCCGUGUGUAUCCUGGGGAACCGCACUCUGAUCUCCAAGGGAUUUGACGUGUGUGCCAAGGUCAUUGAGAGGGACAACGGCACGGUCACCACCAAGCUAUGGAAGAUUUUCUGCGACUCGGAGUUCCUCAACGCUACCUGUGAUGAGUACUUUGCCAACAACAAUGUUUCUGAGAUCCAGGGCAUCCCAGGGGUCAGCAGUGGUAUACUGGCUGAGAACCUGUUUGGUUACUACCUGGAGAAGGGAAACUUCUUGGAGAAGCGGGGAAUCUCAGCCAUGCAGGACCCUGACGCUCCCAUCACCAACUCCAACCGUUACGUCCUGGCUGACAUCACUAGCUUCUUCACCCUGCUCGUGGGGAUCUAUUUCCCCUCUGUCACAGGUAUCAUGGCUGGCUCUAACCGCUCUGGAGACCUGCGCGAUGCCCAGAAGUCCAUCCCCAUAGGCACCAUAGCAGCCAUUACCACUACUUCUAUAGUCUACAUGUCUGCCGUGGUCCUGUUUGGGGCCUGCAUUGAAGGGGUGGUCCUGAGGGACAAAUUUGGUGAGGGGGUGGAUGGUAACCUUGUAAUUGGUACCCUGGCGUGGCCUUCACCAUGGGUGAUCGUGAUUGGCUCCUUCUUCUCGACCUGUGGGGCAGGGCUUCAGAGUUUGACUGGAGCGCCACGCCUCCUGCAGGCUAUUUCCCGCGAUAGCGUAAUCCCUUUCCUUAAAGUGUUUGGGCAUGGCAAGGCCAACGGAGAGCCUACCUGGGCCCUACUCCUCACAGCCAGUAUCUGUGAGAUCGGUAUCAUCAUCGCCUCUCUGGACGCUGUUGCCCCCAUCCUCUCCAUGUUCUUCUUGAUGUGCUACAUGUUUGUCAACCUGGCCUGUGCCCUGCAAACUCUGCUGAGAACCCCCAACUGGAGGCCUCGCUUCAAGUUCUACCACUGGGCUCUCUCCUUCCUGGGCAUGAGCUUGUGUCUGUCGCUCAUGUUUAUCUGUUCCUGGUACUACGCCAUUGUUGCCAUGGUGAUUGCUACCUGCAUUUACAAAUACAUUGAGUUCGCUGGGGCAGAGAAGGAGUGGGGAGAUGGUAUACGUGGCAUCUCACUCAGUGCUGCUCGCUUCGCCCUCAUGAGGCUGGAGGAGGGACCGCCUCACACCAAGAACUGGAGGCCUCAGAUUAUGGUUCUGGUGAGCAUGGAUUCAGAACAGAAUGUGGAGCAGCCUCGUCUGCUGUCCCUGACCAAUCAGCUGAAAGCAGGAAAAGGUCUUACCAUCGUGGGUACCUCAGUGGUGGGCACCUUCCUCAACAACCAUGCAGAGGCCCAGAAGGCAGACCAGUCUCUGAGGAAGCUGAUGGAGACAGAGAAGGUGAAGGGUUUCUCCCAGGUGGUGAUCUCCUCCAACCUGAGGGAUGGAACCUCCCACCUGAUCCAGGUAGGGGGGCUGGGAGGCCUGAAGCACAACACUGUGCUGGUCAGCUGGCCACGCACCUGGAAACAGGCCGAGGACAACCUGCGCUUCAGGAACUUCAUCGAGGUGGUUAGGGAGACGACUGCAGCCAGCAUGGCUCUGCUGGUCCCUAAAAACAUCGCUGCCUACCCGUCGAACGGAGAACGCUUCACUGAAGGCCAAAUUGACGUGUGGUGGAUCGUCCAUGAUGGAGGCAUGCUGAUGCUGCUGCCCUUCCUUCUCCGCCAGCACAAGGUUUGGAGGAAGUGUAAGAUGCGCAUCUUCACCGUGGCCCAAAUGGACGACAACAGCAUCCAGAUGAAGAAAGACCUGAUCACCUUCCUGUAUCACCUGCGUAUCGAUGCCGAGGUCGAGGUGGUGGAAAUGCAUGACAGUGACAUCUCAGCCUAUACAUAUGAGAAGACUCUGGUGAUGGAGCAGCGCUCCCAGAUCCUCAAACAGAUGCACCUCACCAAAAAUGAGAUGGAGAGAGAAAUCCAGAGCAUCACUGAUUCAUCCCGUGGUUCUAUCCGUCGUAAGAACCCGUCUAACUUGCAGUCUCAGCAGAGCAGUGAGGAGCCGGCAGGAGUCAGCGUGGAGGAGAAACCAGAGGAGGAGGUGCAGCUGAUCCACAAUAAGAACCCCACGUCCCCCACCACGCCCACAGGGAGCGCUGCCACCCCCGGGUCGGAGGUGCAGAUGACCUGGACAGACAAGGCUGAGACCCAGGCUGCAGCAGGCCACCCAGAGCAGGGCGGGGUCAAAGACAUCUUCAACAUGAAGCCGGAGUGGGAGAGCCUGAACCAGUCCAACGUGAGGCGCAUGCACACAGCGCUGAGGCUCAAUGAGGUCAUCAUGAAGAAGUCCAAGGAGGCCAAGCUAGUGCUGCUCAACAUGCCUGGACCACCCAAGAACCGCAUGGGAGAGGAAAACUAUAUGGAGUUCCUGGAAGUCCUCACCGAGGGUCUCAACCGGGUCCUCCUAGUACGUGGUGGUGGACGCGAGGUCAUCACCAUCUACUCCUGA